CACCAACACAGAUAACGAACAAGCUUUUUUUUUCUUAUAUAUAGUUUGGUUAUAUCUUAUAGUGUUGUCAACUUGUAGGUAAAGAAGCAAAAUAUGACUAAUAGCAAGAUAGUAUAUUGGUGGUUGUUGAUUCUGUUCAUGGCAAAUGGAUGGUUGUGUUGUUAUUGUUGUUUGAAUGAAGAAAAGACUGCUCUUUUGCAACUCAAGGCAAACAUAAACUACAGUAAACGCGAUGAUUAUUUGUCAUCGUGGGAGGCUAAUGAAACCUCGGAUUGUUGUCAAUGGGAGGGAAUUGUUUGCAGCAACAGCACCAGAAGAGUCGUAGAGUUGUCCGUUAUUGCUAAGCAAAUUAGUCAAGAAGAACAACUUGGAAAUUUUACAACUAGGGAUGAUAUGUUGAGGAACUGGCUUUUUAAUGCAUCUCUAUUUAUUCCCUUCAAAAAUCUCAAAGCUUUGAACAUACCUGGACAUUCAUUGGCUGGCUGGGUGAAGAAUGAAGGUUUCGAGAAACUGAGACCACUGAGGAAACUAGAAAGACUAGACUUGUCGGGGAAUCAGUUCAACCGCAGCAUCUUUCAGUCUCUUAGUCAGCUUUCAUCUCUCAAGUCACUGAACCUCUCAAGUAACAACUUUGCACCACGUUCCGAGAUGUGGUUCACAGACAACAAAAUUGGAUCAGGUUCUGAGAGAUUGUCAGGGUUAGACAAGCUGGAAAUCCUAGAUUUGAGCUAUAAUCAUCUAGAGGAUAAAAAAUUUCUAUCUGCUCUAGAGUUAAAUACAUCUAGGCCGACACUGAAGAAGCUCGAUAUAAGGUACAACAGUUUCCAGAGUUUUAUACCAAAUGAAGAGUUGGGAGCUUUAAGAAAUAUAGAGUACUUAUUGUUGGAUGGAAUCACAUUGGAUGAGAACUUUCUGCGGAGCAGUGGUGUAAUGUCAUCUCUUAAAGUAUUAUCAGUAGCUCAAUGCAACCUUAAUGGAACUCUACCACUUCAAGGGUUGUGUGAUCUAAAAUAUCUUGAAGAACUAAGUCUCAGCAGAAACAGCUUCACUGGAAAACUCCCUACAUGUCUUAGAAACUUAACAUUUCUUCGAGUAAUUGAUCUCACUCAAAAUCAGUUUACUGGAAACAUUGCUUUAUCUCCGCUUUCAAGUCUCUUGUCCCUUGAAUACCUCUUAAUAACAAACAACAACUUUGAAGUACCAAUUUCAUUCGAGUCAUUUGCUAACCAUUCAAAGCUUAAGUUUGUCAUUGCUAACUACAACUCGGUAAUUGUACAAACUACUUCUAAAAUUUGGAUCCCGAAGUUCCAAUUAGAAGCCUUAUCUUUAUUCAACUCCUCUCAAAUGCCAAACUUUCUUCAUUCUCAACAUCACUUGAGACUUAUUCGUCUCUCGAAAUGCAACAUUGGUGGAGACUUUCCAAAUUGGUUAUUGGAAAACAAUCCAAAACUUGGAGAAGUUUACUUGGAUGGAAAUGCAUUCACUGGAUCUCUUCAAUUGCCUUUCCUUCCUAAUCUGAAAGCUUUCGAUAUCUCAAACAACAAGAUUCGAGGGCAACUUCCUCCUAACAUUGGGUCCAUUUUCCCAAAUCUCGUGAUAUCAACAAUGGCCAGCAAUAUGCUUGAAGGCUUGUUGCCUUCAAGUUUUGCUGACAUGCAAAGCCUUGAAUGCUUGGAUUUGUCAUACAAUAAGUUAAAAGGAGAGCUACCGACAAGAUUGGCUCGUAAAGGAUCCAAGUUAUAUUUACUGAGACUGUCGAAUAACAUGUUGAAAGGGGAAAUAUUUCCAGUUUCAGCCAACAUCAACAAUUUCAAUUACUUAUACUUGGAUGGGAACAACUUCUCCGGACCAAUUCCACAGACGUUAUCCACUGCUCCUUUACGUACAUUGGACUUGAGUUACAACAAUUUGUCAGGUAACAUACCGUCCUGGCUUGGUAAUAUCUCCUCCUUAACCUCCCUUGCAUUGUCCAAAAACCAUCUAAAUGGUCAUAUUCCACUUGAUUUCUGUAGACUUGAAGGACUUGAGGUGUUAGAUAUCUCUGAAAACAACCUUGUUGGUGUGAUUCCAUCAUGUUUUAGUAGUUUCCGAGAUUUAAAACAUGUGUAUUUGAGUAAAAACAAGCUACAAGGGGAAUUCAACAUGUUCUCAAACUCAGGAUUAAGAGUGUUGGAUCUCGGAGAUAACAACUUCAGUGGUUCCAUUCCAAAAUGGUUGGGAAGUUAUGGUAUAAUUACCCUACUUUUGAAAGGAAAUAAUCUUCAAGGCACCAUUCCCACAGAAUUGUGUCUUGCUAGUGACUUGAGAAUUAUGGAUCUUUCUCACAAUAAUCUCUCGGGACCUAUUCCUCGUUGCUUUGGAAACAUAAUGCAACAAGAAGAUGUCAUAGAAGCAUACCCAUACAGUUCAUCAUUUGGAUCUUCAGUAUUCGAGACGUUUGGAGGAGACACUGCGAUAGAGGUAGAAUUCUCGAUCAUGUCUUCAUCAACAUUAAUGUUUCUAGAUAACUAUGUAUGGGUUGGAGCAGAAUUUAUGACCAAACACAAUACAUAUUCCUAUGAAGGUAGCAUUGUUGACUAUAUGUAUGGAAUUGAUCUUUCUUGCAACCAGUUAAGUGGUCACAUACCUAAGGAACUCAGUAAUCUUACUCAAAUUCGUGCGCUGAACUUGUCACAUAACCACAUAACUGGAACAAUACUAUCAGCAUUCUCGAAACUCCUGAAUAUCGAGAGUUUGGACUUGUCAUACAACAACUUGACUGGGAAUAUUCCCACUCAACUUCUAGAUUUGACAACUCUAGCAGUGUUUAGUGUGGCACACAAUAAUUUAACAGGUACAACUCCACAGCCUAUUGCACAGUUUGGAACUUUUAAUGAAAGCAGUUACGAAGGAAAUCCUUUUCUUUGUGGUCCUCCACUUCCCAUCAGUUGCACGGAGCCUAAAGAGAUACCGAAAUCACCUCUUGAACCAGAAUGUUGUGAAGACGAUACUGGUUUCCUCGAUAUAGAGUUAUUCUAUAUCUCAUUUCUUGUGGCAUUUGCAAAUGUGGUGCUCGCAACGGUUGUAGUCCUCUGGGUGAACCCAUACUGGAGAAAUGUUUGGUUUUAUUAUGUUGAGUAUUACAUGUAUUCUUGCUACUACUUUUUUGCUUCCAAAAUGUAAACCUUACAUAUUAAGGUCACUUUCAAGUAAAUCAUACACAUGAGUUCUGUUCCUUA